GUGUUAGGAUUAAGAAGAAGUGCCAAUCUCUACCAAAAAAAAACACUUAUCCAGGUCCAGUAUAUCUCUCUGAGCGGAGAGACAGAACACUAUGAGGGCCCUGCUGGUGUCGCUGCUUGGACUGCGUCUGGUGGUGGUGAUGGGAACUGGGCACUGGUGUGAACACAGAGUGGAGGAAAGUGUGGAACACAUCAUUUCCCCCCGUCUUCAGCGUGAAGUGGACUGUUCCCAGGUGUACCAUUACAACACGAAUGGCUGGCGGUUGGAUGUGGACAGGAUGCGCCACCAUCACGGGGGAGAUGACGGCAUUGCGCUGUAUUACAGGCAACUGGGUCCCAAGGCUGUAUGCUUUUUAUACAAACCUGCCCUGAUGGAGACCCAGAAGGUUAAUAGGACAAUGAGAGGGUGCUGUGAAGGCUGGGGAGGCUCUCGUUGUUCACUGGGGGUGGGUGCGCGAGGUCAGUGCUUCUCCACGUGGAAUUGUGAGGAUUUCCCUGGGGUGCACAACUCCUCUCUGAUGGCCAUGGAGCAGUGCUGUGGCAGCCAGUGGGGACUAAGCUGGAGGAACUCUUCUGACCAGACCUGUCUGUCCUGUACAUACACCCUGUUGCCUGACUCCCAGUCAUCUCCCCUCGUUCGUGGGGGUCUUUUGGGGAGUGCCCGGAACCCUCAGGGCUCUGCGACCUGUCUGAGCUGGGGAGGGGCGCACUAUCGCACCUUUGACAGAAAGCACUUCCAUUUCCAGGGCAGCUGUACGUACAUCCUAGCCUCGUCUACUGACGGGACCUGGGCAGUGUAUAUCAGCACUGUUUGUAACGGCCGGGGAGAUUGCAGCAAGGCCCUGAGGAUGAUGCUGGGACUAGACCUUGUCUCGGUUCACCUCAGCAAUCUCACAUUAAACGGGUUGUUAGUACCUAAAGGAGAGCCACUCUUUCAAAAUGGAGUGAGUGUCCACUGGCUAGGAGACUUUGUGUUUGUGGAGAGUGGUCUAGGGGUGCGCGUGAAGUUUGACAUGGGCAACACUGUCUUCCUGACUGUCACCACGGAACACCUGGCCACCACCAGGGGCCUUUGUGGAGUCUACAACAGCAACGCUGACGAUGACUUCACCACAAUGAGUGGUACUGUGUCUCAGUACGCUGCUAGCUUUGGGAACUCGUGGCGAGUGCCUGACCAGCAGACUGAGGGUUGUGAUGAUGCGGCAGAGCUAGGCCACAGCUGUGACAUGACAGGGGACGCUGCUUUGCGCAGGGAGGCAGAGUUAGUGUGCCACCGGCUGCUGGAGAGCCCCUUUAUCCAGUGCCACCACAGGGUGGAGCCGGUCGCCUACGUUGACUCAUGUCUGUACCUGCACUGCAGCCUGGGGACCAGAGAGAGAGAGGCGGCCACCUGUGAUACCCUGGCCAGCUAUGCCCGUGAGUGUGCCCAGCAGCACGUGGUCAUCAGCUGGAGGAGCUCAGGAGUGUGUGAACGGGUGUGUCCACAGGGGCAGGUGUUUUCGGACUGCGUUUCCUCUUGCCCCCCCAGUUGCUCCUCCCCACAACCCCCUGCCUCGGGCCAGUGCAGGGAGGAGUGUGUGGGGGGGUGUGAGUGCCCCCGCGGCCUCUACCUGCACCAAGGGCUGUGUCUGAGGAGGGAUGACUGCCCCUGUUUCCACCGCCGACACACCUACCAAUCAGGAGACACCAUCCAACAGAGGUGCAACACCUGUGUGUGUAGAGCGGGUGUAUGGCAGUGUUCGGGGGAGAGGUGUGCUGCUCAGUGCAGCCUGAUGGGGGCGCUGCACGUGUCUACUUUCGACAGGAAGAGGUACUCUCUGCAGGGAGGGGACUGUGGCUUAACCGUUGUAGAGGACUUUGUGGACAGGAAGCUGGUUGUGAGUGUAGAAGGUGGAGAGUGUGUGACAGGGGGAAGAUAUGGGUGUCUGAGAGAGAUCUCUGUCACUGCUCUUCGUACCACAGUCAUCAUCACCAGCACAGGUUUAGUGACGGUGAACGGCCAGAGGGAGGCGCUGCCAGUGGUGACGGGGGACCUGGUAGUGUGGAAAGCAUCGUCUUCCUUCCUGGUUGUCCAAGCGUUUGGGGCCCAGCUCCUGUGGCACCUGGAUGGACCCCUGGCUCUUAUCACCCUACAGCCCGGCUUCGCUCACAAGGUCCGAGGGCUGUGUGGAACAAUGAACUGGAAUCAGUACGAUGACUUCACCACUCCUGAGGGGGACGUGGAGAACACUGUCUCCUCCUUUGCUGCUAAGUUCACCACGAGGGACUGUCCUCCUCCACUGGAAGCGCAGCCAGACCCCUGUGGCACCUACACCCAGAGGAGGCAGUAUGCACAGAGGGUCUGCUCCAUCAUACGCAGCCCUGUGUUUCAGCCCUGUCAUGACGUCGUGGAGAAGGAGCCCUACCUGCGUCUGUGUCUGAUGGACGUGUGUGGCUGUGAGCCCCCGAGGCACUGCCACUGUACAAUACUCACCACCUAUGCCCUCCACUGUGCCCAGGAGGGCGUGCCUGUCAGCUGGCACAACCACACCUUCUGCCCGGUGCAGUGUUCCGGGGGCCAGGUUUACCAGGAGUGUGGGCGGCCGUGUGGUGGUUCCUGUGCUGACCUCCGGCAGGGCUGGAGCUGUGAUCAGGGCACCCGGAGCUGUGUGCCCGGCUGCCAGUGCCCCCCUGGCUUGGCGCAGGAUGAACAGGGCCAAUGUGUGCCAGUCUCCAUGUGCCCCUGCAUGCGGGGAGACAAGCUGUACCAACCUGGUAGUACCGUCCAUGACAACUGCAACACCUGUGUGUGCACACGGGGGGUCUGGAACUGCACAGAUGAUGUGUGUCAGGAGGUAUCCCAGUGUCCCGGCUCCCUGGUCUUCUCCCCACACUCUUGUCUGCUGACCUGUUCCAGCCUGGACACCCCCGGACAGGGACCAGCGGGAGCCCCAACCUCCUCCUGCCAAGAGCCCCUGGCGGGAUGCGUCUGCCCCCAGGGAACUGUACUGCUGGAUGCUCGCUGUGUCCUCCCUGAGAAGUGCCCAUGCCACCAUAACGGACGGCUGUACUACAACAAUGAGACAAUCGCCAAAGACUGCAACACAUGCGUGUGCAAGGAUCGCCGCUGGCACUGCAGCCAGUCUUUAUGCGCCGGGACCUGCCUGGCGACGGGUGACCCUCACUACAUCACAUUCGACGGCCGCUGCUUCUCCUUCCUCGGGGACUGCGAGUACGUGCUGGCUCAGGAGGCGGGCGGCCUGUUCAGCGUCACCGCCGAGAACAUACCCUGCGGCAGCACCGGUGUCACCUGCACCAAGUCCGUCACCCUUAGUGUGGGCAACACCGCCAUUCACCUGCUGAGAGGGAAAGCCGUGACGGUGAACGGCAUGGCCGUGACUCUGCCCAGGAUGUACUCCGGCAGCGGGUUGACUCUGGAGAGAGUGGGCCUGUUCGUGUCUGUCUCCUCCCGCCUGGGAGUCACGCUGCUCUGGGACGGAGGUAUGCGUGUGUACGUGCGCCUCGCGGCCCGUCUCAGAGGGCGGGUUGGGGGUCUGUGUGGAAACUUUGAUGGCGACACGGAAAAUGACUUCACCACGCGACAGGGUAUCGUCGAGUCCACCGCGGAGCUGUUUGGGAACUCCUGGAAAGUCAGCCCCUCCUGCCCCGACGUCACGGACCAGGAUCUCAGAGACCCCUGCGCGAUCAACCCCCACCGGGUGACGUGGGCGAGGCAGAGGUGUGCUGUGAUCACCCAGGAUCUCUUCUCUCCGUGCCACCCUGAGGUGCCAUACCAGCAGUUCUAUGACUGGUGUGUCUUUGACGCCUGUGGAUGUGACUCAGGCGGGGACUGUGAGUGUCUGUGUACAGCUGUCUCAGCCUACGCAGAAGAAUGCAACCGCCGUGGCAUCUACAUCCGUUGGAGGACCCAGGAACUCUGCCCAAUGCAGUGUGAGAAUGGUCUGGUGUACGAGGCCUGUGGACCUGCUUGUUCUCCUACCUGUCCCAGUGUUGCCCAGAGUCCUGACUCCAAGUGUGGCGCCCUCUCCUGUGUGGAGGGCUGCUUCUGCCCCACAGGCACCGUCCUCCACGGUGGAGUGUGUGUGGCCCCUGCUCUCUGUCCGUGUGACUGGGAGGGGUCUGUUUUCCCCCCUGGGGCCGUGGUCAGCCAGCGCUGCCAAAACUGCUCAUGUAAUGAAGGUGUUUGGGCCUGCGAGGGCUCUCCCUGCCCCUCUCCGCCCCCCUGUCAGGAGUCUGAGUUCCGAUGCGCGGCGGGGCGCUGCGUCCCCGCGCUGUGGGUGUGUGACAAUGAGGACGACUGCGGCGACGGUUCUGACGAGCUGUGCCCGUCCACCUGUAACCCAGGGCAGUUCCGCUGUGCCACCGGGUCCUGCGUGGACCAGGCCCUGCGCUGUGAUGGGCAAGCGGACUGCGCCGACCAAUCAGAUGAGGAGUUCUGUGGGCCUGUCACCCCCAUGCCACUGUGCCCGCCUGGGGAGUUCCAGUGUGCCAGCGGGCGUUGUCUACCGGCAGGACGCCUGUGUGACGGGCGGCUGGACUGUGGCUUCGCUGACGAUUCCGACGAGCAAGACUGCGGUGUGGUGUGUGGUGAUGGAGAGUUCAUGUGUUCAGGAGGCCGCUGUGUGCUCUACAUCCACCGCUGCGACGGCCAUGACGACUGUGGGGACCUGAGUGACGAGAGGGGCUGUGUCUGCGCCCCAGGGGAGCUCCAGUGCCCGGGGGACCAGUGUGUCCCUGCAGACAGAGUGUGUGACGGACACAGAGACUGUCCAUCCGGCACUGAUGAAGCUGUCUGCCCAGACGAAGUUACCUGUGCCCCUGGCCAGUUCCUGUGCGCUGAUGGUACGUGUGUGACCCCCAACAAGCUGUGUGAUGGCGUAGCCGACUGCCAGGGCGCAGAGGAUGAGGACCAGAUCAACUGUAGCCCUGUCACCAUGGCCCCCGCUAUCACUGAAACUCCUAUUACACCAACUGCUAUCAACACAGCCUGCAGGCCCUAUGAGUUUGGCUGUGCCAAUGGGCAGUGUGUGCCGCGGGCGUGGCACUGCGACGGAGAGACGGACUGCGUGGAUGGGAGCGAUGAGCAGGGCUGCUCCUGGAGGUGUGGCCCCGGUCAGGUGGCCUGUCUCGGCGGGGACCAGUGUGUUGACUACCGGCUGGUGUGUGAUGGGAUACCUCACUGCAGGGAUGCUUCCGACGAGAGCAUAGACAACUGUGGCUCGGCAAGGAUCCCGCCUUGCCCAGGGAGUUUCCCUUGUGACAACCGCACAUGUGUCAACACGACUCAGGUGUGUAACGGAGUGGUGGACUGUCCACAGGGGGAGGACGAGCGGGCGUGUGAUAAGACCAAACCGUCCCCUGGUCCCACUGAGAAGAACAUCAGUCAAACCUGUCCUGAGUUCACCUGCCUGGAUGGAUCCUGUGUCUCCUUCAGAGCAGUGUGUAACGGCAUGGCUGAUUGUUCUGACUCCCUUCUGGAGCCCCUAAGGAGUCCCUCUGAUGAGCAGGGUUGUAGGUCCUGGACCCCCUGGGGCCCUUGGAGUUCCUGCAGCCACUCCUGUGGGACGGGCUACACGAGCAGGCAGAGACAGUGCCCCCUGGGGGAUGCCCUGGGUCAGUGCAGAGGGGAGGACCGCCAGAGAGAGCAAUGUUUCAGCACAUCUUGUCCUGUGGAUGGUCAGUGGUUGCCGUGGGUGACGUGGUCCAAUUGCUCUGAGGGUUGUGAGGGCGUAGCGGUAAGGCAGAGGACCUGUAUCCCACCCCAGAAUGGGGGAAGAGACUGCACCCAGCUACCUGGAGAGUCUGCCUUUGCCACGGAAAUCAAGCCUUGCCCUCAGGAUGACUGUGCCAAUGUCACAUGCCCCAGUGGCUUGGUGAGGCUCAGCUGUGCGCCCUGCCCUAUGUCUUGUGCCCACGUGAGCAGUGGCACAGUGUGUGACCCGGCAGUGGCCUGCUUCUCCGGAUGUUGGUGUCCAGAGGGUUGGGUGAUGAACCACACCCAGCAAUGUGUGUUGCCUGAGGAGUGUGUGUGUGAGGUUUCUGGGGUGCACUACUUGCCUGGACAGGAGGUUAAGGUUGACUGUGAGAUCUGUACGUGUGAAAGAGGCAGGCCUCAACACUGCCGGCCCAACCCAGAAUGUUCAGUCCACUGUGGUUGGUCAUCGUGGUCCGCAUGGGGGGAGUGUUUGGGACCGUGUGGGGUGCAGAGUGUCCAGUGGUCCUUCCGCAGUCCCAAUAACCCCAGUAAUCAUGGCAAAGGGCGACCGUGCAGAGGUAUCUACCGGAAAGCUCGCCGCUGUCAGACCGACCCCUGUGAGGAGUGUGAGUUCCAUGGCCAAUCCCAUGCCGUUGGGGACCGAUGGAAGACGGGUCAGUGCCUGCUGUGCCAUUGUCUGCCCAACCUGGUUGUGCAGUGCGCCCCCUACUGCCCACACACUGCCACUGGCUGCCCCCAGGGACAGAGGCUGGUUCCUGAGGAAGGCAGCAGGUGCUGUUUUUGUGAAGGUGAAAAUGGUACCUUAUCAGAGGCAACAACACCCGCAACCCUGCCAAUAAGUGUCCAACCUACAACCUCACCAGGUGGUGCCAUACCCCUGAUCCCCACCCACCCCCUUCCUCCUGGAGAUGAGUGCUGGACCCCCCUUGGCAUCCAGUCUCUUCCUGACUCCAGCUUCAGUGCCUCUUCUCACCAGUGGGGCCACCCACCUCAGGCAGGGCGUCUGUAUGCCAGGGACCCCCACAAGGACCUGCAGGGCUGGAGCCCAGACUCAGAGCAGUCCAAAAACCUCCCUCCAGGGGCCCAUGGGAGCCACAUUGGAGCUGUGCAGACCCCAUACCUUCAGCUGGACCUGCUGAGACCCCACAACAUCAGUGGUGUUUUGACUCAGGGUGGAGGUGCAUUUGACACGUUUGUGUCCAGUUUUUUCCUGCAGUUCAGUAAUGAUGGCAAACAGUGGGACACCUAUCAGGAGCUAAUUACUGAUGCCCGCCCCAGAGCCAAGGUGUUCUUAGGGAACAGUGACGACCAGAGUGUGUCCUACUCCAGGCUGGACAGGGUGGUGUCAGCUCAGUUUGUUCGUGUGCUUCCUCACAACUUCAAGAACAGCAUCUUCCUCCGCUUGGAGCUCAUGGGCUGCGCAGACGGAAGUCAGCCUUCACCUACUCCUACACGGCCACAAGGAUGUCCAACCGAGCAGUACUCCUGUCCUCCACCGGGGGGCUGUAUCGGCGCAGCGCUGCGCUGUGACGGAAUCCCCCACUGUCCCAAUGGGGAGGAUGAGAUAGGAUGCCACACUUAUGACAACACCACCCAGGCAGAGAGGCCUUUCACUCCCACACCAGCCCCUCUAAGGACCCCAAGCAUGGCUGCUGUCACUCUUCCUCUGACCACUCCCACGCCAACGGCAGGGGGUCCUGGACACAGAGGAAUCUGUUCAUCUGCACUGGGAUUGGAGGACGGGAGGAUUCGCUACGGUCAGCUGACCUCGUCCACACACCGUCCGAACAACCCUGCCGAUGCUGGACGCCUCAACAUCGUGCCCAACGUGCUUGUCAUGGAGCCGGGCUGGAGCCCUCUGCCAAGCGACCCUCAGCCCUACUUCCAGGUGGACUUCUUGGAACCCACCUGGGUGUCUGGCGUGGUGACCCAGGGCAGUGAGAGGAUGUGGGGUUACCUCUCCAAGUACCGCCUGGCCUUCGCCCUGGUCCAGAGCCACUUCACUGACUACACCGAGGCUGGAGAGAGGGGCAGCCCAGCCAAGACGUUCGAGGUGCGCAUGGUGGGCCGAACCCCAGUGACACGUUGGCUGACCAGGCUGGUCCGAGCUCGUUACCUGCGUAUCAUCCCAGUGGAAUUCAGACACACCUUCUACCUCCGGGCUGAGAUUCUGGGCUGCCGAGGGGAUGAGUUGGUGACCCCCAGCGGUGCCACGUCUCCGCCUGGCAUUGGGGUGGUGACCGUGAAGCACUGUUACGAGGGCCAGUUUGCCUGCCACAGUGGGGAGUGUGUCUCUGUCACUGCACUGUGUGAUGGACGUCUGAACUGUAAAGACCAUUCAGAUGAGAUCGACUGUGGCACAACGCCCAGCAAGGGGCAGCCUGGGAUACACACCAAAGAGCCCCAGGAUGGCCGACCUGGCAUUGCCACCACGGGCAGCCCGGGCCUCAGUCCUGACAGCUCAGGGGGCACAGGGGAGCCAGGGGUCCAUAGGAUCACCUCCCCAGAGUCAGGACAGAUGACAUCCAGCACUGCCGGGUACCCGGGAGUUGGGCCCAGCACCCUCCAUCCUGGAUCACCUGGACUGGAGUCUACAACAGCUCUUUGGAUCUCAACAACCACCAAUGACGGUGGCCUACCCAGAGUCCUGUGUGUAGAGGGACAGUUUUCCUGCCGUUUGUUUGGGUGUGUAGAUGCUGAGGCGGUGUGUAACGGUCACCAGGACUGCGUGGAUGGCUCAGACGAAGACCAGUGUGGUACCACACCCCGACCAGCGCUGACAACCAGCCGCCCCGCGCCGCCCAGUCCCUGCUCCCCCAAGCAGUUCUCCUGCAGCAGCGGGGAGUGUGUCCACCUGGAUAAGAGGUGUGACCUCCGCAGGGAUUGUGCUGAUGGAUCCGAUGAGAGAGACUGUGUGGACUGCAUCAUGUCUGCCUGGACGGGUUGGAGCCAGUGCAGUGUGACCUGUGGCCUGGGGUCACUAUUCCGCCAGAGAGAGGUCCUUAAAGAGGCUCUGUCAGGGGGGACAUGUGGAGGUGCCCAGUUUGACAGCCGAGCCUGCUUCCCCCAGGCAUGCCCAGUGGCUGGCCAUUGGUCGGAGUGGACGAGCUGGUCACCUUGUGACGCCCAGUGCGGGGGAGGUCUCCGGGUGAGGAACCGGACCUGCUCCAACCCUCCCCCUAAGAACGGGGGCGCCGACUGUGAGGGGAUGAGGCUACAGACCAUCAGCUGUAACAGCCAGCCCUGCGGCGCCGGUACUGACUCACACACAGGCUGUGCGAACGGCAUGGUGUUGGUGAGCCCAACUGACUGUCAGGCCGGGGUAGUGGAGUCCUGUCCUCCCGCCUGUUUACAUCUCCAUUACUCCAACUGCACCUCCCCGUGCAUCACAGGUUGUCGCUGUCCGGCUGGGUUCUUCCUGCAGGAGGGGCGCUGUGUGACUGCCAGUCAGUGUGUGUGUCACUGGGAGGGACUGGCACUGCAGCCUGGGCAGGAGGUCAAAAAGGAUAACUGUAGCACAUGCGUGUGUGAAAAUGGCCGUGUCUCCUGUGACAACUCCAGCUGUGUGGCCAGCUGUGAUUGGUCAGCCUGGUCGUCAUGGACACCAUGUGACAGCUCCUGUGGGGCGGGACUACAGCAGCGCUACAGGUCCCCCGUCAGCCCACGAGGGGUUUCGAGAGUCCAGCCCUGUCCAGGGGACUUGUCAGAGGCUCGCCAGUGCUUCGGCCCCUGCCCCCCUGGUAAGGAGGUGCUGUGGGGGGAGUGGACGGCAUGGUCACAGUGCAGCAAGACCUGUUUCCUCCAUGUGGACGAUGUGGGACUGAGGAGGAGGUUCCGAACAUGCAACCUCACACAGAGCUACACACACGCCCUCACACACAUGUUCUGCGAGGGGGAAUCGGAGGAACAGGAGCACUGCAACACUCUGCAUUGUGCAGUGAAUGGCGGCUGGUCGGCAUGGUCUCCCUGGUCCCUGUGCUCGUCAGAGUGUGACUCGGGGGCUCAGACCAGGGAGCGCUUCUGCAGUUCCCCUGCUCCGCAGCAUGGGGGCAGCACCUGCCCAGGACCUCACAUCCAGACCCGCGACUGCAACUCGCACCUCUGCUCAGGAGUGUGUCCAGAAGGUAUGGCCUUCAUGAGCAAAGAGCAGUGCCGGGCGCAUGGUGGCGCAUGCCCACGCAUGUGUCUGGACGUGACGUCGGCAGUGGAGUGUGCCACGGAGUGUUACGACGGCUGCUACUGCGCCCUGGGCCUCUAUCUGCUCAACACCACCUGUGUGCCCGUAUCCCAGUGCCCAUGUUACUACCAGGGAAACGUGUACCUGGAGGGAGCUGUGGUGAAACUGGACCACUGCAACAACUGCACCUGUCGCAGUGGAGAGAUGGAGUGUGGGACCACGCCCUGUCCAGUGGACUGCGGCUGGAGUAGCUGGACCCCAUGGAGUGCCUGCAGCAGAACCUGUGAUGUAGGUGUGAGGAGGCGCUACCGCUCUGGGACCAACCCGGCGGCUGCAUUCGGGGGGCGUGUCUGCAGGGGUGACCGGGUGGGGAUGGACACCUGCAGUCUGGAGCCGUGCCAAGGUGUGAAAGAGCCGUGGAGUGUGUGGUCAGAGUGUUCUGUAACCUGCGGAGGGGGGUACAGGAAUAGAACCAGGGGACCCCAGAGGACCCACGGUACUGCCCAGCAGUUCUCUGCUUGUAACCUGCAACCCUGUGGUAAUGGGACGGCCUGCCCCGGGGGACAGGUGUGGACAGUGUGUGUGGAGGGACCGGUCACAUGCUCUGACAUCAGUAUGGAUUAUGACAGGAACUGUACACCGGGCUGUCAGUGUCCACAUGGCACUGUGCUGCAGGAUGGCAAGUGUGUCCCCGUGUCUCAGUGUCGUUGUGAUGUGAAUGGGGAGCAGUAUGAACCGACCCACGUGGUUUCCAGGGACUGCAACAACUGCACAUGUGAAGGUGGAAGGCUAGUGAACUGCACUGAACUCAGCUGUAACGUGGACGGUCAGUGGUCAUCCUGGACCCCAUGGGGUCAGUGUUCAGUGAGGUGUGGACCAGGUCUCCAGUCCCGCUACAGAUUCUGUUCUAGUCCUAGGCGUUCUGGAAGUGGUCUUCCCUGCAUCGGACCUGACCGCCAAGACCAGCUGUGCAUGACUGCUUCCUGUGAUCGGAGUGGUGGAUGGGGGGAUUGGAGCAACUGGACGGACUGCACCAAGUCAUGCGGUGGGGGUGUUCAGAGCCGGCGACGGGAGUGUGAUAGCCCCAGUCCUGUCAGAGAAGGAGACUACUGUGAGGGGCUAGGCACAGAGAUCAUGACCUGCAACACUGACCACUGUCCAGUUGCGCCCUGCUCUCAGGUACCUGGGACAGUGUUCAGUAACUGUGGUCCCUCGUGUCCUCGCUCCUGCGAUGACCUGGCUCACUGUGAGUGGCUCUGUGAGGCGGGGUGUUACUGCACAGAGGGCAAGGUGCUGUCUGACAAUGGGACAUCCUGCGUGAACAGAGAGGAGUGCCCCUGUCUGGACCUCAACACCGGACUGAGGCUCCGCCCUGGGGAGACCACCACUGCCCCAGACGGCUGUAACAACUGCACCUGUGAGAGAGGGAGGCUCAAUUGCACCGCCGAUCCUUGUCCAGUGUCCGGGGGCUGGUGUGACUGGUCUGAAUGGACGCCCUGUUCUAAGACAUGCGGGGCAGAGUGGGUGUCCAGAUACCGGAGCUGUGACUGCCCCAAACCCAAGGCGGGAGGUGCCCCGUGCCUGGGGGAACAGGAAGUGCACGGUGGGGUGGGGGUGCAGAUUCAGAGGCAACCCUGUCCCGUGGUCACCUUCUGCCCAGUUCACGGUUCGUGGGGUCUGUGGUCGGCCUGGUCAGAGUGCGAUGGCUGUGAGGGUGUUUCGGUGAGGACCAGGGGAUGUGAUAGCCCCCCUGCCAGAUUCGGGGGUCUGCCCUGCCACGGGGGGAGCCGGCAGAGACGUGGCUGCCAUGACAACACCACCAUCUGCUCUGACUGUUUAGGAAGGCAGGUGAACUGGCCUUGUGGCAAGCCCUGUCCCCGCUCCUGCUCUGAUCUCCAUGGCGACACUGAGUGUGUGGACUCAGUGGAGUGCAGUAUGACUUGUGGCUGCCCGGCCAAUCAGGUGUUACAGGACGGCCAGUGUGUGGAGAGGGAGGAAUGUCGCUGUAAAUUCCACAACAGCACUACUGAGGGGCUGGACUCCAGUAACACCUCAUGGGUGAGGCCCGGGAAGUCAGAUUGGCAGUUCGCUAAUCCAGGCGAGACCAUCAUCAGUGACUGUAAAAACUGCACCUGUGAGGCCGGUGUUCUCAACUGUCAAUCUGUCCCCGGUUGCCAUGUCGACGGUGGCUGGAGCCAAUGGGGAGACUGGUCGGAUUGUUCGGCGCCCUGCGGGGGUGGAGUCAAAGUCCGCCUGCGUCUGUGUGAUAACCCUGCCCCUCAGAGUGGUGGGAGGGGCUGUGCGGGCGUAGCUGAACUCCAGAGAGAGUGCAAUGUCCACGCAUGCACAGACACUGGUCGCUGGCUGCCCUGGUCCUCGUGGACCAUGUGUUCAGUGAGCUGUGGAGGAGGAGAACAGUACCGUACCCGCGACUGCAGCUCGCCACCCUGCUCUGGCAUGAAGAGGCAGAGUAAGACCUGCAACACCCAGGUCUGCCUCGAUGUUGGCUGCCCCCCAGGUCGCCUGUACAGGGAGUGUGAGCGGGGAGAGGGCUGCCCAUUCAGCUGUGCCCAGGUCAGCGGGCGAGAGGGAUGCUACUCAGAAGGUUGCGAGGAGGGGUGUCACUGCCCCCCCAAGACCUUCCAUCACAACGGAGCCUGUUUCCAGGAGUGCCCCUGUGUGGUGGACAAGGACUUCCUGACCUCAGUCCAGAAUGUAUCUGUGACCCCAGUGUUGGCCAACCAUAACCUAACCCAGGGGUCAAUGUUCCAGUCAGGGGAAAUGUUCCUACACGACUGCAGUGCUUGCGAGUGUCGGCACGGUUUGUGGAACUGCACUUUGGAGUUGUGUCCUGUCGAUGGGGGCCUGUCUCCCUGGGGCCCCUGGACCCAGUGCUCCCUGUCCUGUGGGGGCCUGGGCCUGAAGACUCGCACCCGAGCCUGCAGUCACCCAGCCCCAGCCCGCGGGGGGAGGGACUGCCUGGGGCCCCGUCAGGAGAGCACCUACUGCCAGGCUCCGGACUGCCAAGUGAUCCCCGGCCCCACAGAAGAGCCCUCUCUACCAGAUGAGGAUGCCGGCUUCUCUCAGUGGUCGUCGUGGACGUCCUGCUCUCGCUCUUGUAGCGACUCCCUGACCCCUGCCCUCAAGUCUCGCCGGAGGCACUGUGUCCGACCUCACUGUUCAGGGGAAACCCUCCAGCAGAAGGCCUGCAAUCUACCCCAGUGCCCUGGAGCCUGUGUCGGGGACGACUGUGCCCAGAGGAACUGCACGUGGACGGGCUGGGGUGAGUGGACCGCGUGCUCCCGUUCCUGCGGCGUGGGCCAGCAGCAGAGGCUACGCACUUUCCUGCCUCCCGGCGUCAAUGGGUCCUGGUGCGGUGACAUCCUGGGUGGGAACCAGGACAACCGCUUCUGUAACAUCCGGGCCUGUCGAGUGGAUGGAGGUUGGUCUCGCUGGAGUCCCUGGUCUCUCUGUGACAAGCGCUGCGGGGGCGGGCGCUCUGUCCGGACCCGUUUCUGCUCCAGCCCCCCGCCCAAAAAUGGAGGGAACAAGUGUGAGGGAGAGAAGAAUCAGGUGAAACCCUGCAACACCAAACCCUGUGAUGAGAAGGGCUGCCCAGCGGGCCAGGUGUUUGUGCCCUGUGCCAACGAGUGUCCUCAGCGCUGCUCAGACCUUCAACAGGGCAUCCAGUGCCAGGGAAAUUCAGAGUGCCAGUCUGGGUGCCGCUGCCCAAAGGGUCAGCUGCAGCAGGAAGGCGUGUGCGUGCAGGUGUGGCAGUGUGACUGUUUGGACUCCCUUGGCCAGGGCUGGGCAGCAGGUAGCUGGCACCAGGUGGACUGUAACAACUGUAGCUGCUCGGACGGGCUGCUGUCCUGCACCAAUCAGAGUUGCCAAGAGGCCAGCUGCACCUGGAGCUCCUGGUCUAACUGGGCGUCCUGCAGCAGUACUUGUGGGCGGGGAAAGAGAUCUCGUUUCAGAUCUCAAAUACAGGAGAGUGAGGGAGCGGGCUGCCAGGCUGAGGAGGUUCAGCACAAGUCAUGUGACCCCGGGCCCUGCCCGCCCCUCUGUGUCCAUGACAACCAGGAGCUGACUGUGGGAGACACGUGGCUACAGGGAGAAUGUAAACAGUGUACAUGUACUCCAGAGGGAGACUAUUGCCAAGGUGUUGACUGUCGAGUCGAUGGGGGUUGGACUCCCUGGUCGGUGUGGUCGGACUGUCCGGUGACAUGUGGACGGGGCAAUCAGAUUCGGAGUCGCGCAUGUAUCAACCCGCCGCCUCGUAAUAACGGGACACACUGCAGUGGAUCAGAGAGAGAGGCCCAAGACUGCCGCGCCCCUCCCUGUCUCGAUGACCUUUGUCCUUGGUCACCAUGGUCACCCUGCUCCCGCAGCUGUGGCGCGGGAGUGUUGUCACGACGCAGGGUGUGUGCGUGUGAAGAGGAGAGGCGGGGGGAGGGUGCCUGCCCCCCUGAGGUGGAGGCUGAGAGGAACAGAGAGGAGACACAGCUGUGCUAUAAAAGGCUGUGUCCAGACUGCCCUAUGUCAGAGUGGACUGAGUGGUCAGCCUGCUCGUGUGUGUCUCCAAGGCAGCAGCGUCACCGUGCCCCACUCUCUCCGGCCACCGGGGGGCAGCAAUGCUCCCUCCUGGACACCCAGAGCAGAACCUGCUCCCUGGACCGCUGUGACGACUCCUGUGAGAAGCCAUUUCAAUACUCUGCGUGUGGCGCCCCCUGCGAGAAGCAGUGUGUGCUACAGGGGCAGAAGGAGCCGUGCGCAGGCCUGGGAGAGUGCACGCCGGGCUGCUACUGCCCUGAAGGCUUCCUCCAGCAGAAUGGGACACAGUGUGUACCCCCAGAGCAGUGUGGCUGUGUGUACCUCCAACACCUGGCCUCUGGGAGGCCUGUGUCUGUGAUUGUCCCACAGGGGGCCAUUGUCCCCAUAGGGUGCAGCACCUGUCUGUGUCAUGACGGGACACUACAAUGUGACAUGCGAGAAUGUGAAGUCAUUCUCAGUGAGUGGUCUGAAUGGACCCCCUGCUCUCCAUGUGCCCCCGCCUCUUCCCUGCUGCCCUCAUCCUCUCCCACGGGAGGCGCUGCGCCUCUGGUGUCUGUCCAGCGGCGGUACCGGGCCUGUCUGGACCUGGACUCAGGCCAGCCUGUGUCAGGGAAGGAGGCAGAGGAGCAGUGCCUUGAAGAGUUAGAGGAAGAGAGGCUGUGCUCAGACCCCAACGCAUGCAGAGACUUGUGCCAGUGGAGUGUGUGGAGUGCGUGGAGUGUGUGUCAGGAUCCAUGCAGUGGUGGGGUCAGACAGCGGCACCGACAGCCACAGGCCUCUCCUCCAGGACCCCAGUGUCGCAUGCAGGAGACCCAGACACAGAGCUGCAAUACCGGCCUCUGUCCAGGCGAAAGCUGCGAGGACAGGGGGCGAGUCUACCAUGGAGCCUGUGCCAAUGAGUGUCCCCGGAGCUGCACUGACCUCUGGGAGCAUGUGCAGUGUCUGCAGAGAGCCUGUCACCCAGGGUGUAGGUGCCCAGAUGGCUGGCUGCUGCAAGAUGGUGACUGUGUCCAGGUGUCAGAGUGUCGCUGUGGGGUUCCAAUGGGUAACGGCACUCUGGAGAUCAGCCCUGCUGAGAACCUCACCCUGGACUGCAACACGUGUGUGUGUGCAAAUGGCAUAUUGGUGUGCACCAAGCUCCCAUGUCCCAUCUACCACCCCUGGGGCCAGUGGAGCACCUGCUCUGCAUCCUGCGGAAGUGGGAAGAGGACAAGGACCCGUCCAUGCAAUGACACGGAUGGAGGCCCUCCCUGUGCUGAGACGAUCCACACUGAAACCUGCCUGUUGCCCCCUUGUCCAGCUGGCUGUAUGCUGUCUGAGUGGUCGGCAUGGAGUGAGUGCAGUGCCUCAUGUGGUGGAGGGGUGUCAGUACGUAACAAAACCAUCUUACAGGACCCCCAGCCGGGUGGACAGGAGUGUUCCUCCCCCUUGGAACAACACACAGUCUGUAACACUAACAGCUGUCUACCAGCGUGUCCACCCGGCCAGCUGUUCAGCCACUGCGCUGGGCCCUGCCCUUACAGCUGUGAGGACCUCUGGCCGGAGAACCAGUGUGUUCCUGGACCCUGCAUCCCUGGAUGCACCUGUCCAUCUGGCAUGGUGCUGAAUAAUGGAUCGUGUGUCCUCCCGGACCUGUGUCCAUGUUCCCUUCGUUCCCUCCCGGGAACCCUGAACAUGACCCUAGAUGACCGCAAAGAGGUGGCGCCUGGGACGGUCUUGCAUCACCUCUGCAAUCAAUGUUUUUGUCAAGGAGGAGUUUUCAACUGUACAGACGACCCAUGUGAUGUUGACUGUGAGUGGGGUAGCUGGACUGAGUGGAGUCAGUGCACAGUGACCUGUGGUUUGGGCCGUCGGACCUCCAGACGGGUUGUUUUCCACCACCGACAGUAUGAGGGGUCAGAGUGUGAGGGCCCGGCCCAGCGGACAGCAACCUGCAGGGGCCCCGACUGCUCCUGUCCAAAUGGAGAGAGGUGGGCAAGGAGCGUAUCGGAGGCACUGUCUGUGUGUGAAAGAAGCUGCGAGGAGAUCUACCUGGCCGUACCGCAUAACUGCAGCUCCAACGAGGGGUGUGUGUGUGAGGAGGGGCUGUACCGAAACACAGAGGGCCGCUGUGUCAUCCCUGCACUCUGCCCAUGUGAGGAUGAGGGGACGCUGAGAGAGGCUGGCUCUGAAUGGGGGGAUGGCUGCUUAAUGUGUCGUUGUGUGAACGGGCAGAAGCGGUGCCGGUCUGGGUGCCCACCGCUGCAGUGUGAAGAGGGGGAAGUGAAAGUGGAAGACCCAGGCAGCUGCUGCCCAAUUUGUAGGAAGGAGUUCAUUGUGGAACCUGUAGCGGAGUGUCGCCGUUACACAGAGGUCAGGAAUAUCACUAAGGGAGACUGUCGUCUUGACAACGUUGAAGUCAGUUACUGUAGAGGGCGCUGUUUGUCCAAGACUGACGUCAUUUUGGAGGAGCCUUACCUCCAGUCGCUGUGUGACUGCUGCAGCUACCGGCUGGACCCGGAGAGUCCGGUUCGGUUCCUUAGUCUCCUGUGUGACAGUGGGGAGAGUGAGCCUGUCGUCCUGCCCGUCAUUCACAGCUGUGAGUGCACCAGCUGCCACGGGGGAGAUCUGUCAAGACGCUGAGUUUGUGUGUGUGUGUGUGUGUGUGUGUGUUUGUUUCAGUGUGUGUGUUUGUGUGUGUGCGCAUAUGUGGAUGGACAGAUCAGAAUUUCUGUAUUAUAAACAUGUUCUGUAGUCCAUAUUGUGAUUCCGACUAGAGUAAAUAGUGCUUUCUGAAAUCUCAAUUUUCAUACUGUACAGUGCUUUACUUUGCUAAUAAAUACCUAGUGGUUUUCAUGAGAGAUAAAAAUGUUUCAAAGUACUUUUCUGUAAAAACAAAAACGUAUAUUGCUAUAUUUAAAGAUGAUAUAAGAUAUUGCAUGUUGAUGAAUGUGAUAACAAUGUAUCCAGAAAUAUAUGCACAUUUUCUAGAUUGUGAAGAAAUAACUGGUGUAAAAUAUAAACAAGCAAUAUGGCUCCAUGUGUGUGUGUGUGUCUGUGUGAGAGAGAGAGCGAGAGAGAGAGAGCGCUAGAGGAGGAAGGCUGAAAGAUUUCACUAGGGGACGCUUCCAGGAGACAGCAUCGUGUCUGUCUCCUCUCUGACUAAAUAAGGGAGUUGGAAAGAGAAAGUCAUCUCGGCGGCCCGGCGGAGCACUGUGUAUCCCCCCUUCCACUUUCAUAAUCAC